CGGCUUCUUUUUCUGCUUUUGGCGCAAACAACAAAACGAGUGGCGUUGAGCGCAAGAAAUAUCUGAGUCUUUGUGAAAUAGUUUAUAAAUUAUUUUGUUUUCUAGUUUUCUUCAUCGUUCUGUUUGGGUAAUUCCGAGAGUGUAAACUGCUUUUUACAGCAAUAAAUAACACCAAAAUCAUAUGAAUGAGACCUCGAUGCGAAAGCACGCCAUUAAAGUGAACUAAGUUAAAAUGGAAAGCGAAGGUGAAAACACUGUUGUGAAAGGGCGAUCUGCGAGACGUAGCAAAAUUGGACAGCAGAAUGAAAGAAGUACAAAUGAAGAAAACAUUGGUGACAUAUCCACUGAUGGCACGCCAUCGGAACUCAACUCAGUUUCCGCAGAAACAGACAAAAAUUCCAUAACCAAACCUGGUCAAGAUAAACAGUUGUCGAGUACACCAAAUUCGUCGACGCCAAGAAGGAAAAAGGAUCCACUCGCAAAUCUUCAUUCCAAUCUUAGUCCCAAAUAUAUCGGUUUUGUAACACCUACAACUAAUUUAGAUAGCAGUACUGAAGACAGAAGCCGAAAGACUCGGAGGCGUCACAAUUUGAGCAACGGUACAGACUCGUCUUUGACUAAAGACACGUCCGAUAUGGCCGACGACAUUAAUAACAAAUUUUGCGGAGUGCAUGAUACUUCAGUUGGUUUUGUGCGAAGAGUUAAAGAACCUACUACUAAUUCACCAGAGAAUCGCAACAGCCGAAGAAAAGAAUUUGUUAGUCCCAUUGACAAAUUGUUAAGAAAAAAUGGAUCUAUGGUGGAGACUGAUAAGCUUCCUGAAGACGAUAGUCAUGAUAGAAAAAACAAAUCCUUGGAUAAUAAAGACAAACACACUCAUUGUGAUGAAGUGUAUUUAAAUAACAAUCACCAUCCUGCAAAAUGCGAAGAUCAGAUCCCCCAUGACGGGCAAGAAAAAGAAUGUCAAGGAAUCAUAAUUGGUAAUGAAGAACACGAAGAGCAUGUGGUAGGAAAUAACAGUGAAAAUGGUUGCACAGUAGAUAAAAAUAAGAGUGUGCGAACAAAUGGCGAUGUUGAAAAAGACGUAUGCGACUCACAUAUACCUAUCACAGAAAAUUCACUCGACGCAGAGAAGACUUCCGAAGCCAACGUCAGAAUUGAGACAUCUAGUUCCGAAGAUGUACGAGACCUAAGCCCAAUCGAGUCUGCAGAAUCAACAGAACAUAUAAGAAGAAAAGACAGAGACAAAAGCAUGGAAAUGUACAGUUCUUAUUUGUCUGUAAAUCUUGACAAAGAAAUGGAAGUAAGUUGUCACAACAGUGUGAAUGAUGGUCUAGUAGAACUAAAUGCCCAAACCCACAAUGAGAUAGAUGAGAAUGCAAAUGAAAAACAUUUGACAUCCACUUUACUUUCAAAAAUAAAAGAUCAAAAUGUAAGCGAAAUAAAAACAAAUCAUAGUGAAAGUACACACGAGAAGACAACCACUGAAAAUGAACAUAGAUCCGAUGCUACGGUAGAUGUGGCAGAUGGUGAUGGUGGUAUGGUUGACGGUAAUUCAGAGUUCGUAGAUGCUUCGUCAGCUAAGUCGCCAUCAACGGUAAGCAUGGACAGUGCCAAAGGAUCUUCGAUAUUGAAUGAGGGCUCGUGGAUGUCAUUUUCUACCGGUGAUCUAUUUUGGGGACAAAUCUACAAUUAUUGUUAUUGGCCUUGUAUGGUUUGUCCAGACCCUGAAGGUAAAACAAUAACCGCAAAAGAAAAUAAUGCCGCCAGUGAUCAACAUGUUAUGGUACAUGUUCGUUUUUUUGCGGACAACGCUCGUCGAAACUGGGUAAAAAGAGAAAACCUAAUGCCCUUCACAACGCUGGAGCACUAUCAAGAACGUUUAGAGGAGUCUCGUCAAAAAUAUGGGACGAAAAGUGCCAAGUUUAAGCAGUUUGUACCGAAACGGAAUCAAGUGCCCGUUUGGUACGAAGCAGUGAACGAGGCAAAUAUGGUUGCAGCCGUACCAUAUGAAGAACGCUUGGAAAAGUUUUAUGAAAUAUUUGAUAAAUCAAAAUUGACACAAAAAAACAAACAACAGCGCAGGAAGUCAAUGUAUAUACCUGCAGUCAAAAAUGUAACACCAUCAGAUGCAGAAAGUUUAUAUGGUUCCCAUGAAAAUAUAAAUAAUUUGUCGGCUCCGUCUGCAACAGGCAAGCGUGAGCGUUCUACAUCACCAUUUAGUCCCGCUUAUUCUCCUAUAAAACAUUUGUCUGUUAAAAAACGUAAACUGAGUUCGGACAUCGCGGCGUCAUCAACGGAUGCGGAAGCCACAAAUAGUGCCGUCCCUGAAACUACCAGUGUUGAGCAGAACUCCUCCAAUACCAACAAUCAAAUAGCUGUGAGAAAAUCUUUGGAUGAGUUGAACUUAUUCAGUGGCAGAGCAUUUCAAGAAUUUUAUGUGGCUAUGAAAGAUUUCGUACUGCAGGAGAAUACCGAUGAGAAUUUGGAUAAAAGUUUACUUGUGGCAGUGCGGAAUAUUUGGGCACUUAAACAGCUGAGCCAUCAACAAAUGCAGUGUAAACUGAGCCUUUCCGCUGGCGAUUUGGAUACGAGUUCCAAUAACGAUAUUGAAACUGGCGGUGUUAAACGCCUUUCGAAUCGUUUGAGAACUCUUAUGAUGCGAAAAUCUAUGCUCUCGCAACGUUCAUCAAUCGAUUUGACGAAUGAAGCGUCCACAGCUUCCAAAGCACCCCAAGUAAAGGAGUCCGUGGUCGAUAAGCCUAAGAAAAUGGUAAAUCGUCCAAUUUUAGAGGUCAUCGAUGACAUUUUCGAACUAGAUAGCAAGUAUCUCUUUAAAGGAUUGGGUCGAGACCCCGUAUGUAAGUACUGCUUUAAACCAGGUGGUGGUCUAAAGCGAUGCACAGGUCGUUGUCAUGGUUGGCUACAUCCUGAAUGUCUGCAUAUGCAUUUUUCCGAAAAUGGCAAACUAAAGAAAAUAGGCAAACGCAGUACUUCCGCCAUAAAGUCUGCGAACGACUCCAACCUUGAGGCUAGUAAAAGUAAUAGUUCGUCGACCACGGAUCUCGUCGCUAUUGACUUAAUGCAAGAAUCAUCAAGCGCCGUACCUCACAUCACUUCGGAAACUGAUGUUGAAGUGAUUUGUAGGGAAUGUGCUAACAAUGAGCCCACGAAAUGCAUGGUGUGCAAACUUACGGACUCUGCCAAACUAGAUGACCCGCUAGUUAAGUGUACCAUGGGUCAAUGCGAUAGGGCGUUCCAUCCCGCCUGUUGCAAGUACUGGCCUCAAUCCAAAAUAACAAUAUCAAAAAAUCGAAUACAAUCUUUCCGUUGUCCGUCUCACGUUUGCCAUACUUGUGUGUCAGAUGAUCCCAAAGGAAAAUUUCAGCAGUUGAGUAACGCUAAAAUAACGAAGUGUGUCAAAUGUCCCGCCACCUAUCAUACGGAUUCUACCUGCAUUCCGGCCGGAUCACAGAUCCUAACUGCGGCCCAUAUAAUUUGCCCCAGGCAUUCUAGUCCGAGACAUGACAUGACCAUCAAUGUCAAUUGGUGCUUUAUAUGUGUUCGCGGCGGCCAGGUGGUGUGUUGUGAGACAUGUCCUACUGCUGUACAUGCCCAGUGUCUAAAAAUCCCCAUAGACCCUAACGAGGGCUACAUCUGCGAAGAAUGUGAGUCGGGGCGAAUGCCACUCUAUGGCGAAAUGGUGUGGGCCAAGUUUACCAAUUUUCGAUGGUGGCCUGCCAUUAUUUUGCCUCCCACUGAAAUUCCUACAAACAUAGCCAAAAAGAACCACAAUCCUUCCGAUUUUGUCGUUAGAUUCUUUGGCACGCAUGAUCAUGGCUGGAUAUCAAGACGGAGAGUAUAUCUGUAUUUGGAAGGGGACACGUCGGAACCGCCCAGAACGAAAGCAGCAAUUGAUAAGUACUAUAAUAGCGGAAUAGAAGAAGCUAAACAAAUCUAUGAAGUUGUCAAAGCCAAAAAACAACAACAAAGCAUGUUGAAUGAAAAUAAAGAGCGAUUGCAUCCACAACCUUAUACGAGAAUUAAAGCCAAUCGUCCCGUGCCACCGGUGAAACUUCACAUCGAUAUCGAAAAUGUAAGCAAAUGUGACUGUGAUCCAAACGAAGAAAAUCCAUGUGGUCCAGAAAGCAACUGCCUAAAUCGGGUAUUAUAUCAUGAAUGUAAUCCAAAAGUGUGCCCGGCCGGAGAACGUUGCCAGAAUCAAAUGUUUGAGUCUCGAAAAUCGCCACAGUUGGAUGUCAUAUACAUGAAAGAACGUGGUUUCGGACUAAUUACCCGCGAACCUAUUAAAUCUGGCAGUUUUGUUAUAGAAUAUGUGGGAGAAAUAAUCAACGAUGACGAGUUUCGGGCGAGAAUGGCCCAAAAGUCGUUGGAUCGUGAUGAGAAUUUCUACUUUUUAUCUGUGGAAAAGGAUUAUAUUAUCGAUGCAGGACCUAAGGGCAAUUUGGCUCGUUUCAUGAAUCAUUCAUGUGAUCCGAACUGUGAGACACAAAAAUGGUCGGUGAAUUCAUUGAAUCGUGUAGGCCUGUUUGCCAUCAAAGAUAUACCCGAGAAUACCGAAUUGACAUUUAAUUAUCAUUGGGAUGACUUGUUGGGUAACGAAAAGAAGACUUGCUAUUGUGGUUCUAAAAAUUGUGCAGGUCAAAUCGGAGGCAAAAUCAAGGAAAUCGAGAGCAAGGAUAUGUCUCCUAGUUCCGAUGAAAUGCCUGUUAAGAGCGGCAAGGGAAAGCAGAAAAAAUCAAAACUAAAGCCAUUAAAACGACUUCCCUCAAAAACAGCUGGCGUUGGAAAACGCAAGCCCAUAACAAAAUUGAAGGUAAAUGCGACGGCUAAAUUUAAAUCAAAUAAGAUGGCUGCAGCUGCAGCUGUUGCAGCUAGAACCAAAAAGAAGAACACGAGUCCAAACGAAGCUGACAUCACAACCAACGAUAAAGAGGAAGCGACCAACAGCAAUAUUUCUAUAGGGAACGAGGACGCCAUGUCUUAGCUGGUAGCUAAUUUUCGAAAUUGUGUAAAUGUUUAUAUGUAAACAUAUGUAUUUUAUUUUUAUUCAUUUAUACGGGUAUCUCCAAACAUAAAUUAUAACAGCUCUUGCAUUAGAUAUACAUUUAUUUUUGAUUUUCUUAGUCUGCUUCCCCGAUUCGCCUGUUGAUGCUGCUCCACUCCUAUGCUGAAUUUAACAAUUUUUACACUGUUUCUAGUUUUUAUUGCAUUUUUUUUUUGUUAUAGUCUCUUCCAAGAUUUGUUAUAACUUUUUACAAAGUCCCAACGUACUCGUUUGAAAUUAGGAACUACACAGAUUUAGUAUUAGUUUAACCAAAAUACAAAUCAAUCUAAGUUAAAUUGUCUAUAAUCUGCCUGAACAUUUGCAUAUUUAUUUUUUACAUCUGUUAAGAUUACAUAUAUAUUGCUAAAUAUGAGAAGGAAUCAAUUGUGUAUUGUUAGUGAGGAAAAUAAUUAUAAUGUUCUUAUUGAAAGAUUUAUUAUGACACAAUCAACCAUACGAAAAUAUAUAGUGUUUGUCGCAGUCGGACGGAGGUGGUGAACAUUUUAUAUGGAAUAAAACUAUGUUUUUUAUAAUAAAA